AUGAUUGAUCAAGAACAAGCAGAAGGAAAGAUUUACCAGUGCAAAUCCUGGGGAGGUAUUAACGAAACAUUGAUGGCGGAAGGAAUUCGCGGAUAUAUUCAUCGUCUGCGUCCAGCUCUUCAAGAUCAUGACAGGGAAGAAGCCAUUGAAAUUUCUGCUAGUGGUCCUGUCAGCUCGUCUAAAUUAAUCGUAAUCGAUUACAUCAACCAAAUGGUUCAUCCUAGCCAAGUGGAGGGGAAACUUUAUGUCUUCCUGCCCAAGGCUGAGCUUAAGGAAAUGGAUAUUACCCUCGAUACGAAUGUAACAGAUAUUGUGCGCAUACACAAGGUUAUCUGUCUUGGAACUGUGCAUGGUAGACCGGAUUAUGUGAAAGUAAUGACUAUCACAACAAAAGUCAUAGAAAAUCAUGAUUACGUGCCUAUCUCUCCUACUCGGAAGAAGCCCUACGACAUCCAGAUCAAGCUACGCAAUAACCUUGGCUGGGGAUACUCUCGUGGGCAACCGGCCAUUUUUAUCACUACGUUACCCGAACUCUCAUAUCUCAAGAUCGACGAGUUCUACGAGGUCCCAGUUGAAGCACUUAGGGAAGCAACAGAUGAUUACGAAAACCCAUUAUCUAUUCCAACUAGACAUCAUGGAGGGCUAGCUGAGCUCAAAAACCACAUUAGAUGUCGUGAUAAAGCCUGCAACAGCGCCGCAGCAUAUCAGCAGAUGCAUGAACGGGAGCUGCUUGAGGUAACAGAAAACUUAUCCUUGAACUCUGAGCAGCAUAAUCACGGCUGA